AUGGGUGCAACAAAACGACUAUCCCAGCAAUUUUCCCAGAGAGGCCUAUCUACGAACCAAGAUGUCUCUUAUCUUGAAACUUAUUAUACAGCCAAUGAUCAUGGCAGGAACGAAGGCGUAGAGCAUGAGGAAGUCAAAGGUGAUUCUUUCUGUUGCUCCCGGUCGGAUGUUAAAGAUGAUCUAUUUGUUCCUGAAGAAGACAACAGCUUGUAUUUUACAUACUCAGGGCCAGCAAAUGUCCUGGAAGUUAAAGAUCUAUGUUACCAGGUCAAUUUAAAUGCUCAAAUUCCAUGGUAUGAGAAGUUGGCAGAGUUUAAAAUGCCCUGGGAAUGGAAUAAAGGUUCCCAGACAUCAGCAAUGACCAACCUGAACCUGAAAGUCACCAGUGGACAAAUGUUGGCAGUCAUUGGAAACUCAGGCUGUGGAAGGACAACAUUACUAGACAUUAUUACAUGUAAAGAUGAAGGAGGGAAGAAAAUGUCCGGUCAGAUCCUUAUUAAUGGGAAGGUGACAACCAAGCAGCUGGUGAAGAUGAGUGUGGCUCAUGUGCGGCAAGAUGAUCAACUAUUACCCCAUCUCACCGUCCGGGAGACAUUGUCCUUCAUCGCCAAACUUCGACUUCCAAGAUCGUAUUCAGAACAGCAGAGACAAAAACGGGUAGAAGACGUCAUAGCAGAACUUCGGUUGCGACAAUGUGCAAACACCAAAGUAGGAAAUCAGUACACGCGGGGAGUAUCUGGUGGAGAAAGGAGAAGAGUGAGCAUUGCCGUACAACUUCUGUGGAAUCCUGGCAUUCUGAUAUUGGAUGAACCCACCUCUGGCCUGGAUAGCUUUACAGCACAUAAUCUUGUGAUAACCUUGUCUCGACUGGCUCGGGGAAACCGAUUGGUUCUACUAUCUAUCCACCAGCCUAGAUCGGACAUAUUCCAGCUCUUCAAUCUAGUUCUUCUUUUGUCAUCUGGAGCCACUAUCUACUCCGGAACAGCAAAAGACAUGGUUCAGUACUUCUCUUCUAUAGGGUACCCAUGUCCUCGAUAUAGUAACCCUGCUGAUUUUUAUGUUGAUCUGACCAGUGUCAACUAUCGAAGCAAAGAGGAAGAAACAGAAACAUUGGAGAGGACCAGGUCCCUAGCAGAGAUUUUCAUGGCAAAAGUGAAAGAUUUUGAUGAUUUCCUUUGGAAAGUUGAUGGGAAUGGAGAACUUCAAUCUAGUGAGACUUGUGUCACCAUGCCCACUACUCCUUCAGAAAAAGUGAUCAAGAUAAAUGCACAUGAAGCGGAUGAGCUGCCUAAAGGUCUACAUCAAUUUGCAGUAUUACUAAACCGUCACAUAUCCAAUGACUUCCGGGAUCUCACCACAUUACUUAUCCAUAGUUUUGAGGCUGUGCUUAUGGCGCUGUUAAUAGGAUUUUUAUAUUAUGGACAAGGAGGAAACCAGCUCUCUAUACAAGACACCAUUGCCUUACUUUUCAUGAAAGGGUCCCUCACACCUUUUGCUGUUGUCCUUGAUGUGGUGGCCAAAUGCCAUUCAGAAAGAGCGAUGCUUUUCCAUGACCUAGAAGAUGGACUAUAUUCUGUUACUCCAUAUUUUUUUGCUAAGAUCAUCGGAGAGCUUCCAGAGCACAUUGCCUUUGUUGUUUUCUACAGUGUCCCAAUAUACUGGCUGGCAAAUCUAAACCCAGGGGUGGAUAAUUUCUUCUUAAACUUCUUGCUGAUGUGGCUGAUGGUGUAUUGUAGUCGGACCAUGGCUUUGUGGAUGUCAGCACUGCUACCCACAUUACAGAUAUCCUCCUUCAUGAGUAAUGCCAUCUUUACUGCUUCCUAUCUGACUGGGGGAUUCAUCAUCCGGCUGGACACACUUUGGGCAGUGCCAUAUUGGAUCUCCUUCGUCUCUUUUCUCCGGUGGGGCUUUGCAGGACUUAUGCAAGUUCAGUUUACAGAUUUGACAUAUCAAAUAGAAGUUGGAAAUUUUACUAUCCCUAUUCCUGGGAAACUGAUUAUCCAAAGCCAGGAAUCGGAUGAGUUCCCACUCUACGUCUCCUUUCUUAUACUUAUUGGCAUCAGUGCCGGCUUUCUUGUAUUAUAUUACUUAUCUCUCAGGUUUAUUAAGCAAAAAUCAAGUCAAGACUGGUAAUUCUUCAAUGGACACAGCUGCAUGAUAUGAACAUGACUGCAUUGUUGUGUGACGAUCCUAUGACAAGCUAUUAAUGAAAGCUCUCAAAGAAGUCAAAAGACUUUUUUACUUUUCUAUUGUUUAAGGAAGUGUAAAAAAAAAUGCACAACCAAUCCUAAUUAUGUUAUGAUUUUAGGCAAUGGAGAUAACUAUUCCACCUUCUGCCUGAUUGAACUAUAUAGGUUUGGUAUUCAGAUUUGCAGAUGUUUUGUGCAUCACGUUAGAUCAAUGGCAUUGAAGCAUCCUUAAAGGAAUUGUUCAGGAUUGGAACAACCUGGCCUCUUUCUUCCGGAAACAGCGCCACACAGGUGUUUUGUGGCAUUGCAGUUCACGAGGCUCCCACAGGUGUCACUCUGCGAAGUUAUUGAAAGAUAUUAAAAGGGGUAUUCCAAAUGUCCUGCAAUUUCCUGCUUGGGUUUAAAAAAGCUGAACUAAAUGUCCCCUCUUGAACAAAAUGUUUUUGGGUUUUUUCAGGCUGCAAAUGUCCAAGGCUCUGUGUCAAAUAUGUGCAAAUUAUACAGAGCACACAAUUACAGUGGUCCCCCAACAUACGAUGGUAAUUCGUUCCAAAUGAACCAUCGUUUGUUAAAACCAUCGUAUGUUGAGGGAUCCGUGCAAUGUUAAAUAUAGGAAGGUAUACCCACCUGUCCCCGCCACUCUGGACCAUCACCGCUGCCCUGGAUGUCGCCCUCCAUCACUGUCGCCGUGUCCCCGUGGUGUCUCCGUUGCUCCAGAACCGUCUCCGCUGCAUGGGAUUGUCAUUCCUUAUCGCCGUCAUCAUGUCGCUACGCACGCCGCUCCCAUUGGAUUACGGGACGGCGUGCGCGGCAACCUGAUGACGACGAUGGAGAGCGACGGCGAUGCAGGGGAUCCCAAAGAGGACGGUCCGGAGCGCCGGGGACAUGUAAGUGAUCGUCACCGGACCACAAGGCGCACCUUAAACGGCUAUCCGGUGGGAGCUGAAGCAGUCUGCGCUGACGGAUAGCCGUUUAUGCGAUGGCCCGACAUACAAAAGCAUUGUAUGUUGAUACUGCCUUCAACAUGCCAUGGCCUCUGAGAGGCCAUCGUAUGUCAAAAUUAUCGUAUGUCGGGGCCAUCAUAGGUCGGGGGGUCACUGUAUAUAAAGAUCUGUGGGAACCAGUUUUAUGGGAGUUACGAGGAGCGUGGUAGUAAAUGUCCCUUCUGUGACCCACACACCUUCUCAGUGUAGCUGUUCCCAAGGUAUGAGACUUCUGAAAGCCAGGGUUUCGAGAAACAACCUUAACUUUACUUGACUCCUCAUGCACUGCAGUACAGUAUGCACAGUACAUACAAUUAAACACAUGAAUGCAGCUUGAUACAGUACAGCUUUGGUGAUAGCAGGUGUAGACAGGUGUAGAAAACUCUCUGAUGCACUAACAUAAUGUCCUAAUUUCUGCACCUAAGGCUGGG